AUGACUUAUUUAGAAGAUGGAAUGGAUAUAGGACAUUUCUUAAAGUCAAAAUCGAUUGCAAGAGAUACAAUAUUAACAACUUUAAAUUACUUUUCACAAUAUCCAUACCCAUUACAAAUUGUAAUUAAUGAAACAUUAAAUUAUGCCGAUCCCGAAAUACAAGAAAAAGUAGAAGAUAUUUUAAGUAAAAUUGAAGAACAUUCUCAUACAUCUGAUCCUUUUCUAACAUUAUCAUGGUUAAAAUAUUAUAAAGAAUUUUCUAAUACUUCAAUAGCGAAAUUUUCAUUGGGUGGUUACGAUCUUACUAAUAAACAGGAAUUUAUCGAUGGUUUAAUUAAUGUAUUUCUACGUUUACCACCCGCUAGACAAUUCAAACAUGAUAUUCUUUUUAAUAAUAAUUAUACGGAAAUACUUGCCAGUCGUUUUAUUGUUGGAUGUAAAAAUAUGUAUAGUAGAAAAAUAGAAUUACAAUUAAUUCAGGAUUUACAGAAGAUAUGCGAUGAAUCAACUUUGUCUAUAUCAACACACAGUGUACUUUUUCCUCUUAUGGAACAUGAAUUGUUAAUAAGAGGAAUUGUUCUUCAGUUAGCGUGGGUUAUAGGAUUAUUAAUUAUAGUAAUAUUUUUCCUGUUUAUACCUAAUCUUAUAUGUGCCGUUUGUGUUGCCAUUGCUAUUAUUACUACAAUAUGCGAAACUGUUGGAUAUAUGGCAUUAUGGAAUGUAAAUUUAGAUAUGGUAUCAGUAAUUCUUUUAAUUCUUAGUGUAGGAUUUUCAAUAAAUUAUCCUACACACGUUUCAUUCGCUUUUGUAAUGGCCAAAAAUAAAAAUCCUAACGAACGACUCGUACAAUCUAUAUAUGAAGUGGGUUGGCCCAUUUUUCAAGGUUCUGUUUCAACUAUAUUGGGUGUUGUUGUAUUAGCAUUUCAAGAUGCACAUUCCUUCAAAUGCUUUUUUAAAAUAGUCGUUCUAACAGCUGUACUUACAGCUUUUCACGCUCUAUUUGUACUUCCUGUGAUAUUAAGUUUAAUUGGAAAGAGAGAAAGAAGAGGAUUUCUGAAGGAGAGAAGAGAAAGAAGGUGCGAAAGAAGAGGAUCUCCCGAGGAAAGAAAAGAAAGAAGGUGCGAAAGAAGAGAAUCUCCAAAGGAGAGAAGAGAAAGAAGAUGCGAGAGAAGAGGAUUUCUGAAGGAGAGAAGAAAAAGAUGCGAAAGAAGAGGAUCUCUGAAGGAGAGAUGA